AUGAGUCAACAAAAGAAAUGUGUUGAUCAUGAGUACCUGCAAAAAAAAACUUGUUUAUUCACGAUUCAAAGUCUUAAGUACAUAAAGACUGCCACGAGCAAACAAAAACACAAAUUGAAAAUGAUGCUUUAUUUAGAAGAAGAAACUGCUACAGGUUUUCUUUGCCUUUUUAAAAACAUUCGGAAUGCAAUAAAAGAAUCAUGA